ACCUACUCCAACAAGGCCACAACCUCUAAAUCGUGCCACUGCCUGGGCCAAGCAUACAAACCAUCCCAUCACCUGUGAAAUGGGUUUGAAAACAGUUAGGAAACCAGGCAAAGGCCUUUGAAGAGGGAGGUGUUUUAUUCAGGUAGCUGAAGCCAGAGUCUACAGGCCACUAGGAGCUGCCAAGUGAGACCUUAUAUAGGAUAAGGGGUCUCUUAAAAAGGUUAAGUGGGUUUUAGUAACCAGAAAUUUACAUGUCAUUAUUUUAAAAGAACCAAAUUACACAGUUCCCAGAGAGGGGAGCUAUACCCCAAUGUCUAAAAUCCUGUUCCAGAAAAAACAAAAAUAACCACGGUCCUGGUGAGGCGCUUUUACCAAGCAUUACCAGGCUCCAAGCGGGAGGACCCUCGCUUUCACUGUCCAGGAAAACAUGCCAGAGACGACAACUGACUGCCCUGGGCCUGGUGGAGUUCCAAGCCUCUAAGGCCAGACCUCAGGAGGAGCAGAGAAAAGGGUCUAGGGAAGAAACGUAGAGGAGUCAGGGUGGGCCGGAGGAAGCCCUGCCCUAGCUCCCACUGCGUCAGAGGCAGGCAAGGAUGACUUGGAUCCCUGCCAUGGAACGUUCUAGGGCACCAGAGAGCAGCGUCCCAGAUGCCGUACGCACUGCCGCGACUUCCUGGACUACUGCCCUUCGCCCUUCCGCAACAGUCGCACCGGUAGCCUCCGUCCCUUUAAGAGGUCUGCGCUCCGGGCCUCGCUUCCGCCAUGGCCGCUCAGCUGCUGGAGGAGGACUUGCUGAAUUGCUCCAUCUGCCUAGGUCGCUACCGGGACCCGGUGACGCUGCCCUGCGGGCACAGCUUCUGCGGGAACUGCAUCCAGGAUUCGUGGCGCCGCUGCGAAAAGACCUGCCCCCAGUGUCGCCAGCCCUUCCCCGAGGGCGCCAAGCUGUCCCGCAACGUGACGCUGAGCACUUUGCUGCAGGCGCUGCCCGGCGUUCUGCAGGCGCCGCCCGCCGCCGCCGCCGCCCCGCGCCCGGACCCCGCCACAGGCCACAGCGCUCGCUGCCCGCGCCACGGGAGGCCGCUCGAGUUCUUCUGUCGCACGGAGGGCCUCUGCGUGUGCAGCGCGUGCACGGUGCACGACUGCAGCCACCACGAGCGGGCGCUGCUGGACGUGGAGCGCCGCAUGCGCGAGGACCAGCUGAGAGCGAGGGUACUGGCUACCCGGCAACAGGUCGCUCAGGCAGAGAACCAGCUUCAGGAGCUGCAGCAGCAGAACAGUCGCAUUGAGAGUUCAGCCUGCACCCUGGCCUCCGCAGUCUCCAGGAGAUUCAGUAGCCUGCUUCAGGUGCUGGAGAAGCAGCAGGCCUCGACACUGAGUGAUAUAGAGGUAGCCAAGAAGCAGGCGCUGGGCCAAGUUCUGGAUGAGGAACAGCGGCUGACUGACCACCUAAGGGCCCUGUCUCAGUACGACCACAGUGUCCAGGAUCUCCUGGGGCAGGUGGAUGAUUACAUCUUCUUCCAGGAAUUACGGCAGCUCCCUGAGCCCGUAGAAUCCCUCGGGCCACUCACCUCUCCACAGUGGGAUGAAGAGCAGCAGCUGAACAACGUGAACCAGCUGCUUAGCCCGCUGUGUGAGCUCCUCCUUGCAGAGAAGAACCUCCCCAAGGCAGUAGCCAAAGCUGCCGAUGCUGGCCCUAGGGAGGCCUUGGGUCGCCUGCCACCAGUCCCCAGCGCAGCUUGUCCACUGAGGAGGAAGCUCUGGCAGAAUUAUCGAAACCUGACCUUUGACCCAGAGACUGCCAACCAGUAUUUGCGCUUGUCUCACAAGGACCAGCGGGUGACACACCAUUUCCAGGCCCAGGGCCCAGCCAGGUCGGGCAGCUUCGAGCUGUGGCAGGUGCAAUGUACCCAGAGUUUUCAGACUGGACAACAUUACUGGGAGGUCCAUGCCUCUGAUCACUCCGUCACUCUGGGCGUCACUUACCCAAAGCUAUCCCGCCAAAAGCUGGGGACCCAUACAGAUAACAUCGGUCGUGGACCCUGCUCCUGGGGCCUCUGCAUCCAGGCGGACAGUAUCCAGGCCUGGCAUGACGGCAAAUCUCGGCGCCUGCGUGGAUUACCCGGACGACUCCUGGGCGUAGAUUUGAACUUGACCUCUGGCUCCCUCACCUUCUACAGCCUGGAGCCAUGCACGCAGCUGCUGCACACUUUCUAUGCAGUUUUCAACCAGCCUGUCUUCCCUGUCUUCUGGCUCCUUGAGGGGAGGACCCUCACUCUCUGCCAUCAGCCUGAGGCCAAGCUCCCUCCAAGGCCCCAGGAAGAGGCCACAGCACCCAGCUGAGGAAGGCACAGACAGAUGCCACCGUGCCUGUGUGCCCAAAAGUGGCUCAGCCUCUGGCUUGGAGACCGAGGCCAAUCUUCUAGAAGGACAGCUGUUGGCCUCUCUGUCGAGAGGAGGGACAUGGGAGAGGAGCCCUAAGUCAAAGUUUACUUUUUACUAUCUUUGAAGGGGCCAGAAAGAAAUUAAAUAGGAAGCCCUAGCUCCAAUCAAGAACCAGGUUCCUGGCAUUGCACGGACAUCUGCCUUAGUCACUGUUCUAUUGAUGUGAAGAGACACCAUGACUAAGGCAACUCUUACAGAAGAAAGCAUUUAAAUAAUCCCAGCACUUGGGGGCAGAG